AUGCCCCUACCACCCAUCCAGCCUCCCGCUGCUGCAGCCUCUGGCUCUGCCACCACCCGUGUGCAGCCUAAGAGUCAGGUGGCUCCGAAGAAUCGAGCACUGCCACCCAGGGAGAGGAAUCCGCGGGGGGUGCCCCAGGCAGAGACCGGCCCCUUGCCCAACCCCCGGCUCUGCGCCUCCCUGCAGCAGCAGCAGCAGCAACAACAACUGUUACAGCCGCAGCCACCGCAGCAGCCACAGAGGUCAAGCCCGACCCGUACCCGCGGGCACUCCAUCAAGAACCCAGGUGCAGCGGCGAGGAGGGAGCCGAAGGCAACAGUCCCAGCGAAGCAGUACAACAUCAUCCUCACGGCCGACGCGACCAGACUGCUGAUGCGACGCCAUCUGGAGAAACAGUGGGGGUUCAAGAAUCCCAUCGGCGACACUGGGCUACUGCCGGGUUCCCACAGCACGGCCGGCCUAAACCUGACCUCGAUCAUGAAGAUCUCCCUGCUUAACGAGCAGAAUCGCUACGAUGACGAGGAGUACGAGGAGGAUCCGGCGCCGGGAGUCGUGGACCAGGAGCUGGUGCGUAGGUGCAUGGAGUGGCUGCGUGGGGUGGAGGAAGCGAAGAGAGAGAGCAAGCUGGAAACUCUGCCCCACCUGUAUGACCCCUGA